UCAAAAAAGAAGAAAACAUCCGCUUGAGGAAGGAACGUGGCGAGGUUCAUUAGACUUAUGUUUGUUAAUGGCCAUAAAGAAGCGCGUGGAGGUUUCUGCAGAGGGCGGGUGAUAAAUGCUCACCUGUGGAAAAAAAACACCUGAGGGACAUUUUACAGUGUUACGCUCCUGCCCCGGAAGUUUGUUUUGGCACGUGGGGAGAAAAUGGCUUUUGCUAACUUAUUCUCUAGACUGCCUGCUACGAGCGAGGACGCGACGAGCCCAGGUGAAUCUGACGUCACGCACAGCAAGAGGGCGGAGAAUGGCUCCAGAGGGAGGAAAAGGAAAACACAGCGGGACGUUCCCGGCUCGAACAACAAGAGAUUUCAUCAGUUCCAGUCCAAAGACAAUUUCACCUCCUGGAGCAAACCCUACCAGAAGCAGGUCGCAGAGAGUGAGCGCUCUUCUCCAGCCCAGAAACAUAACCACAGCUUUAACUCCUCUUACAACCGCUGGCAGAACGGCAGCGGUCAGAAUUAUCCAAAUAAACGCAAGAAAAAGAAAAAAAAUCAAGGGAAGAAGAAGUGGAAGAAUCAACAUCAUGAUGAUAGAGGCCCAAGACCAAUAAAGGAGGAGAAACCAAAAUUCAUGACCCAGGAGUUUAAGGACCAGAACACCCUGUUGGUGGACGGCCGUCUUGUGUGUCGACAUUUUCUCUUCGGACGAUGCAUUAAGGAGGAUCAAUGCCAGCUGGAGCAUUUUCAAGGUUACAACGACAUCAUAAAAGAAGCCUGCAAGUACUAUAUCAAAGGAUUCUGCAUCAAUGGGCAGAGUUGCCCUUACAUGCAUAAGUCAUUUCCGUGCAAGUUUUUCCACAAGAAAGGAAAGUGCCUGCAAGAAGGAAACUGCAGGUUCUCCCAUGAGCCGCUCAACGACGUCACUGUGAAACUGUUGGAGGAGGCCUUGGAACAAGAAAAAGCCUUUUACCGACUUGCAAAGACAAAUAAAGAGGAGUCGUCAGAACAGCAGGCGGACGCACAGGAGACCAAACCUGCUGAAGACAACAAGAACCCGGAUUUUAUCUCUCAACCUCUCAGGCCAAGCUUUUACAACAGCACGGAUGCUGAGAAGAGGCCCCUCGAGAAACUUGAUCUAACAGAAGAGCGUGUGUCAGACGCUGACCAACCUCCCUGCUCUACAUCAAACCCUCAGAGCCAACAGGAGCCAGUUUGCUACUCGGUUGAAGCUGUACUUGGACCUCAGCUGUCCAGAACUUUCUUCAGUUUCUCUAAAACUCCUGCAAGCCAGGAUUCUUCAUCUGCCUCUCCCGCUCUAACUUCUUCUGACAGACCUGAUCCAAACCAACCCAAAGUCCUCUACUCGGUUGAAGCUGUCUGCAGCUCCGAUAAAUCUGCAGAUAAUUCCUCUGGCAGCCAAACACCAGAUACUCCUAGAGAGCGGACCGUAUGUCAUGCACCUCAUGUCAUUUCAGAAAAAAUCAGAGCUCCUCCUUUUAGAAAAGAGGAGCCACAUUCAUCUCUCAGAAUUAUGGAGAAUAGAUGUCAACAAACAUUGCCAAAGAGCUUGUCGUGUCUCAAAGUGAAAAACCAGCUGAUUUCAGACUCCCUACCAGUUCUCUCUCACACAUCUGAGGAAGAGAUGGAGGGGCAGAAAGGUUGCAUCAAACGAACGUUGUUGCAUCGUCCACAGGCGUCUGCGUCUUCCAGAAGUAGAGAAAUCAAGGAUUCACUGGCAGGAACUAAACCCAGUGAAAUCUCUACGGGGCAGGCAUGUCCUCUGAAGGAUCCGAAACCAAAUCUCUCCAAAGGAAGAGGUGCUGUUCCAGAUGAACCUUUAAUUACUUGUAAUAAAAGAAGAGAAGCAGCUGAUGUUGCAGUUCACCACUUUGAAGUCUCCAAGAUUCUCCCAAACUUCAAAAAGAAUCAUUCACCUGCUACACGAGGCCAUCAUUCUUGUAAAAACUUCAUAAAAUCCAGCAGCGACAUAGCAAAUCAUGGAGAUUUUUUAUCUGAAAGUAAUAAAACCGGGAAUAGGUCGUUCAGUAGCCUUUUUGCUUCCCCUCUUAGUGAGAGUUCACUUUCUUUUCCAAGCCCAAAGACUCAACCGGCAGAGUCUGCUGCUGUGGCAUCAAAAUCCAAACAGAGAGACUCUGAUCGGAGGUGCUUCCCAUCCCAGGUUAGAAUGCAUCACAGGCAAGCAUCUCCUGAAUCCCCCCAGAGCUCCAAAGCUGAAAAUGAUGCUGUGAAACCGCCGUCAGCUGCAGUUUGCAGCAUUUCAUCCGGCUCUCCUUGUGAGCUGUCUUCACGUCGGACCGAUCAGAACCGGCCUGACGUUUCAUCCCCGAAAGACACUGCAGCACCUUCGGUCCUGAAAUCCCUCUUUGUGCAGCUGAGGCCGUACCCAGAGGACGGAGAACAAAAAGAUUCAGUCAGUCUAUUGAGACACCUGGCAGACCGGCAGCCCCCCUCCUCUGCCGUUCUCCGUCUUUCACCAGUCCAGGUGUAAGCGAGGCUCAGGUGAACAAAUCUCACCUUUCAACCCACUGUCUCCACAGCGAACAGAGAGGGAGGCCAGAAUCAGAGGAAAGAGAGCUGGUCAAUGAAAAAUCUGCAAAAUCAACGGAACACCUAUAAAAGACUUUUAAAAACCCUACAGGAUGGAUGUUUGGAGUUCAGUUCGGUCUAGCUUGUAUGCAUUGAUUAGUUUUAAAUAUUUCAUGAUUAUAGGUAAAAUGAAAAAUCAAAAUGUGUCAUUUUAUUAAAGUGAAGCUUUUUUUUUUAGAUUCAAUACACAAGGAUAUAUUCCAGUGAUAUAUUUCAAGUGUGUGUUUAUGCUAAUUUUGAUUAAAGUACCUUAUAGCUGAUGAAAAAUAGAAAUUCUGUUUCUCAGAAUUUUAUUAAAGGCCAAUAAAAAAGGAUGUAAUACGUUGUUGGAUCUGCUUUUGCAUGAUUUACUGCGCAAGUGCAGGGUGGGAUGGUAACAGACUUCAGUUCAUCUGCAUCGCUGGUGACUUUACCUCUGGACAAGACGUUCAGUCACAGUAACACUACUGACAUGGAUCCAAAGACCAAAUGCUGCUGGAAAAUAACAUUCAUUCAGUUUGUUUAAAUAGCACCAAUUGACAACAUGUUACCUCAAGUAACUUUACAUAAACAAAAUACUGAAGUGUUUGUAAGUUUAAGUUUUUGUGACGUCUUAGUUGUUUAUUGAAAUCAAUUUGGAAGAAGGCUGUAACACAAAAUAUGGAAUACUCUGAAUGCACUGCAUUCGGGUUUCACUCUUUGAAUUGAA